GCCCUCUCAGGCAGAGGCAGACCCAGGGCCUCCCCACCACACCUUGUUCAUGGAUUUUGUUGCUGGAGCCAUUGGAGGCGUCUGCGGUGUCGCUGUGGGCUACCCCCUGGACACGGUGAAGGUCAGGAUCCAGACGGAGCCAAAGUACACAGGCGUCUGGCACUGCGUCCGGGAUACGUAUCACCGAGAGCGUGUGUGGGGCUUCUAUCGUGGCCUCUCGCUUCCCGUGUGCACAGUGUCCCUGGUGUCCUCCGUGUCUUUCGGCACCUACCGCCACUGCCUGGCACACAUCUGCCAGUUCCGGUACGGCAGCCCUGACGCCAAGCCCGCCAAGGCUGACAUCGCACUCUCGGGAUACGCCUCCGGCCUCGUCCGCGUGUUCCUGACGUCGCCCACUGAGGUGGCCAAAGUCCGCCUGCAGACACAGACACAGGCACAGGCACAGAAGCAGCAGCGGCGGCUCUCGGCCUCGGGGCCCUCGGCUGUGCCCCCCGUGUGUCCUGCGCCCCCAGCCUGCCCAGAGCCCAAGUACCGCGGGCCGCUUCACUGCCUGGCCACAGUAGCCCGCGAGGAGGGGCUGCGCGGCCUCUACAAGGGCAGCUCGGCCCUGCUGUUACGGGAGGGCCACUCCUUUGCCACCUACUUCCUUUCCUACGCCAUCCUCUGUGAGCGGCUCAGCCCCGCUGGCCACAGCCAGCCAGAUGUUCUGGGCGUGCUGGUGGCUGGGGGCUGUGCGGGAGUCCUGGCCUGGGCUGUGGCCACCCCCAUGGACGUGAUCAAGUCGAGACUGCAGGCAGACGGGCAGGGCCAGAGGCGCUACCGGGGCCUCCUGCACUGUAUGGUGACCAGCGUGCGGGAGGAGGGACCCCGGGUCCUUUUCAAGGGGCUGGUGCUCAACUGCUGCCGCGCCUUCCCUGUCAACAUGGUGGUCUUUGUCGCCUAUGAGGCGGUGCUGAGGCUCACCCAGGGUCUGCUCACAUAGCUGGUCCCCACGCCCAGCGGCCCACCCGCCGGCAGCUGCUGGAGGUUGUAGUGGCUGGAGGAGGCAAGGGGUAGUGUGGCUGGGGUUGGGACCCCACAGGGCCGUUGCCCAGGAAAACGAGGAGCCUCCCUGCAGUGAGUCGGCAGAGGCCUGAGCUUGCCCUGCCCAGCUACUGACCUCAGGUGGAGGGGCCCGCCGGCCAUCAGCCAGGGCUGUCCUGGGGUGGCAGGAGCCAGGGAGGAGGGGGCCUCUUUGAUGAGGGCGUGUGUCACAUGGAGUCAGUUGUUCAUCCCAGCUUCCCCGUGGCCCCCGCCUCCCACGUCUUUGGAGCAAACUUCUGGGGAGUCAGGCGUGUGCUCAGCCAACCUCUGUCCCAUUCCCAGACCCUUGUCCCCA